AUGGCGAGUGCGAGCACUGAAAACGGCGAGGAGCUGAUGAAUUACGGCAGCAAUUCGGAUUCGGAGGAGUCCGAGUACUCGGAGAACGAGGAUACCCAAGAUGGCGACAAGGAUUCGCAACAGAACAGUAAUGCCGAUUCGGGCUAUCCACUGGACUCGCCCGAACUGCAGGACUCCAAGUCGACGGGGCAAAAGCGACAGAACAAGAGCGGUAAGACGAACAUCGGUGCAGUGCAUCCGAACUAUGGAUUCGGCAAACGCUGGUCCAAGUCUGAGGAUGUGCUGCUCAAGCAGCUGGUGGAGGCGCACGGUGAGAACUGGGAGAUUAUCGGACCGCAUUUCAAGGAUCGCCUGGAACAGCAAGUGCAGCAGCGUUGGGCCAAAGUCCUCAAUCCGGAGCUUAUCAAGGGUCCGUGGACGCGGGACGAGGAUGACAAGGUUAUUAAGCUUGUUCGCACUUUCGGGCCCAAGAAAUGGACACUAAUUGCACGAUAUCUGAACGGACGAAUUGGGAAACAGUGUCGCGAGAGAUGGCACAACCACCUCAAUCCGAAUAUCAAGAAGACGGCCUGGACCGAGAGGGAGGACGAGAUCAUCUACCAGGCUCACCUGGAGCUGGGCAACCAGUGGGCAAAGAUUGCCAAACGUCUGCCCGGACGCACCGAUAACGCCAUUAAAAACCAUUGGAACUCAACAAUGCGUCGCAAAUAUGAUGUCGAACGCAGGUCGGUUAAUGCAUCUGGUAGCGAUUUGAAGAGUUCGCGAACCCAUCUCAUCACGCUGAUCAAGUCCGGUGGCAUCAGCAAGUGUAUGAAUAAUAUGCAACAUAACAAGGAAUCUGGUGGCGAGGGAGCUAUUAAAUCCGAAAACGCCGAUGGCGCUUCGGUUACUGGCGUGAAAGGUGGUGAUCUGGCACAGGAAUCACAAGACGAUCAUCAAAAGGGAUCCAAUCUGGCCCACCUCAGUAUGCAGCAUCUCAUGAAGUUGACCAUGCCGCGCCAAACACCGAUCAUAUUGAAGCGUACACGCAAACACAUUCCCGAAACUCACCAUCAGGCAGGAUGUUCAUCAAGUGGGACACUCAACCAGGAAGAAGCCGCCGGAAUCGCCAGGCCGCGACCACCGAGUUCGCCCGUCAUAUCGCCCAUUAAGUCGCUACCCUUUUCACCGAGUCACUUCCUCAAGUCGCCAUGCCUGACCACCUUUGAAGAUAUGGAUCUGCGGGCUAGCACGCCGGUAGCCAAGGUCUAUAAUCGCGUUGGAAUGGAGAUCAAGAAGGAAAUGGAGACAUCGUCGAUAGAAACUCCACACAAGAGUCAACUUGGGCCACGAACACCAACGCCCUUCAAAAAGGCACUUGCUGCCAUUGGCAAGAAGAGGGACGGUCGUCGAUACGAGCCAUCCAGCCCAUCCAGUCUGGUGGAGGAUCUGGCCGAAAUCAUCCAUGAAGAGCAUCUGAGCAACUCGCUGACCGCAAACAAUUCCAAAAUGAUGGGCGCCGCCGAUCAGAACUCAACGCUAAACACCGAGUACAAUGCUCAGUCGCCGCCGCAUAUGAAACGUGCCAGGAAGUCAUUGCUAUCAACUUGGAGCUCCAAUCAUCCAUACAACUCUGGCUCCGCCAAAAGGAUUCAGCCCUUCGAAACCGAGACGCCCAGCAAGUUUCUCACAUCGCCGGGCGAUAUUUUGAAGGACACGCUGUGCAGCGAACAGGACCUGCCGUUCGACGAGGGCAGAAAGGAGAAUCGACCAUUCCAUAAUCGCAGAAACUACAAGUACCGCGGUGGCUUGACCUACGAUCAUGUCAUUGAUCCCAAGUGGGCACGCGUCGCUUGUGGCAAGUCCAUAGAUCAAAUGUUUAUGGAGGAGCAGGCUUAUGCGUGCCUCAAAAAUCUAUCCUGUAUUUCGCGCUCCCUGAACUUCGAGAAACAAAAGAGUUUGGGGAACCCGUUCGACCGCUUUGGUUCGCUCUAAAUUCUAUGUGUCUAUAUUAAGGUAUUACAAACAAAAUUAUAUGAGCAUCAUCUUUAUCAAAUUGUAGAUAUGAAUCCCCAAAUUUGCAUCCAAACUGGAUUGUUUUUAAAAUUAAAUUUAUUGUGCUACAUAUUAUUGGUUAAAUCCACCUUAAAUUGUAUCCCAUUUUUUUCGGAUAUUUCAUAAAUAAAUGCUUAAAGUAAA